UGUCACUGCAGAUUAACUCACUCAUAAUCUUCUAGCUAUCACCUCCCCUAAACUAUGCCACGUGUCUACCACAACCUCAACGCCUGUACGUUUAUCAAACCCUAAAUUCCCCUCUCCGACCUAUAUAUUUUCCCCUUUCUCACCAUUUCCCUUCUCUCUUCUUCCCCUUGCACUCAAUUCUGCUCUCACUCUUGUCAGGUAUGUACAGGCAUAACUAUUGAAAUUUCCAGAAUCAAAUCCUCCGAAUUCACCAAAACCUAUGCCUUUUUUUCCACUUAAUUCACAAUAAUGUGGUUCCCCCGUACCUCAGUUGAACUAUUUUGAAUCAUUGAAAUAGUGCCUCGUAUUUAUCGUAUAAUAGUAACCGGGUCGCAUAUCGGGUUAUCCAUUAUCAAUGGAGGAGCCACUGAAGAGAUACGGUGUGGGAUACGCGCUGGCUCCAAAGAAACGAGCCAGUUUCAUUCAACUAUCCCUCGUCAACCUCGCGAAGGAACGAGGAAUCGAUCUCAUCAAAAUCGAUGCAGAUAAGCCGUUGAUUGAUCAAGGACCGUUCGAUUGCGUGCUCCACAAACUCUACGGCGAUGAUUGGAAGCGUCAGUUGAAGGACUACGCUUCCCAAAACCCUCACGCGCUCAUAAUCGACUCGCCGGAAUCGAUUGAGCGGUUGCACAAUCGGAUUUCGAUGCUUCAGGUUGUGACGGAGCUCGAGAUCGAUGGCCAAAUGGCGUCGUUUGGGAUUCCUAAGCAGACUGUAAUAUACGAUGCGAAAAUGGUGUCGGCUUUAUACCUUGAAAAUGAAGGGUUGAAAUUUCCUGUGAUUGCAAAACCAUUAGUCGCUGAUGGAAGUGCAAAGUCACAUAAAAUGUUGCUUGUGUUUAACAAAGAUGGGCUACGAAAAUUGAAGCCGCCCAUUGUGUUACAGGAGUUUGUGAAUCACGGGGCAGUUAUUUUUAAGGUGUAUGUGGUUGGUGAUUAUGUGAAAUGUGUCAAGAGGAAGUCAUUACCUGAUGUGACGGAGGAUAAUUUAGGGAGACUAGAGAGUUACUUGUCGUUUUCGCAGGUUUCUAAUUUGAAUACUUGUGAAAAGAAUGAUGAUAAAUACUACAAAUUGAUGAAUUUGGAUGAUGCAGAAUUGCCCCCUUUGAGUUUUCUUACUGAUAUAGCUAGGGGACUUAGGCGGGCAACGAAAUUGCAUCUUUUUAACUUCGAUGUGAUUAGGGAUAAUAGAGUUGGAAAUAGAUAUCUUGUCAUUGAUAUUAACUAUUUCCCUGGGUAUGCAAAGAUGCCGAAUUAUGAGAGUGUGUUAACUGACUUUUUCUGGGAUGUAUUGAAUCGGAAUGAUAAGGGUAUCGAGAGUUUAACAAAGGGUAAUUGCAAAAAGGAAGUUAGGGUUUUGGUCGGGAAUAACGGGUGUGGUGAGGACGAGGGAGCAUUGCCUGUGUCACCUAUUAAGAUGGAAGAUAACGAGGACCCUAUUCUGGUUUAAAAUGUGAAGUGCAGAAGUCAAACUGGUAUAGCUUGUAGUUGGCCACUGGUUUCUAUGAAGAAUUUGCUGAAGUGUCGGAUUUUUCUCUUGCAAGUUACAAAGGUUAAAGCAAGCUGAGGGUACUCACUUAGGUAGGAGUUGGUAUAGCAGUGAAUAAGUAGGUUCUUUGAUCUGAUAUUGCCUUCUGAAGACAUUAGAUGGUAAUCUUUGUUCAACAUGUACAUUCUAUCUUUGCAGUGAGAUAGUCACAACUGCCCCAGGUUUGGAUCGGUAAAACUUGGUUGACUUAAACACAGAGAGAUGACAGCAGUUCACAUGAGUUGCAUGGAUCAAAUUGGCUGUAACCUGAGUGCUGACGAUUAAUCAUGUAAAGCAGUACGCGUAAGGGUGUGCAACAAUUAUCUGAAAACUCUGUUUGGGCACCAGUUGUUGGAUAUACUGAGCUAGCUAGCAUUGGUCCCGAGCCCUGUGCCUGCCUGCAUCUUUGAUAUAAAAGAAGUUAGAACCGAGGCAUCCAACUCCGUCAUGCCAACUUCUUCAGCCGAUGGUUUCCUGAAUCCCUUAGCGCUGCAUUAAUCCUUGGAAACCUACAGAAUGCAUAUUUAGACGACUCAGUGAUUUUAUAUUGUUUCCUGAUGCUGAGUUCAUGAUUUAGGCGCGUCUUUUAGUACAUUAUCUGGAUGAUCUUCUUGGGAGUGCUCUUCUUGCUGCUUAACAUGCCUUGGAUUGGGAUAAUUAUGUUAGCGUUCAGAACCAUAGUGGACUUGUAAGUGUGAAGUGUUAUAACAAUCUGCUGGGGAAACUCGAGGAAAAUAAAAUGGCAUACAUUUCUCUUGAUACACAAUCGCUAGGUCAUUUUUCCUUGCUC